AUGGAGCCGUUCGUCAGCAACACUCGGCAGUUCUUCCAAGGGCUGCCUACGCCCACCCGCGGCGGGUACGAUGGCUCCGCCCUGGAGGACCCCGCCCACGCUCCGCCCACACCCACGCCGCCGGCCACGCCCACCCUGCCGCCGGGACAAUCCUACUACCACUACCAGCUGGGCGGGGGUCUGGCGGGGGUUGCGGCGGCGGCGGCGGCGGCCACCAGCCUGCCGCAGAGCCGCCCCCUCACGUCUGCCCACAAGGGCGUGGAGCACGCGGCGGCGGCCUCUCCCUACAGCGUGACGUCCUUCCUGCAGCCGCCCGCCACCAAGGCCGCGGCGCCCGACGCGCGCUACCUCCAGCACCUUGACCCCGUGAGGCAGGCGGCCGCCGCGCCCGCCGCCCGCCCCUACCACGCCCCUGCUCGUUCUUAUGCCGGCCAGGCCGCGGCGCCAGUCCUGGACCCUUUCAUCGGCCGCGCCUUCACCGCCCAGGACAGCGCGGCCCCCGACCCCCUGCAGGCCCCUCGCCCUUACCCCGGCGCGGCCCCCUCGGCCCUGGAGGCGCACCACCGCCCCUACGGCUUGCAGGCGGGCGGCAAGGUGGAGGCGCGCUACCCCGCCGCGCGCCACUACGCCCCCCAGCUGCACGCCACCUCCGCCGCCGACAUCCGCAGCCACCAUAACCUCUUCAGCCCCCCCGGCGGGGCUGCGGAUCCCCACGCUCACCGCCUCGACGCCAAGUACAGCGCCAAGGCCGAGGCGCGGCCUGACCCGCGGGGCCUGGAGGCGCGGCCCGACCCCCGUGCCGACCUGGCCUGGCCCCCCGCGCCGGGCCGCGCCGCCGAGGCCAAGCCCGCCGAGCGUCUGGCGCCAUCCGUCCACUCUGCCGCCACCGUCAACGGCGCCAAGGACCCGCUGUACCCCGCGCGCCGCCCAGAGGACACGUCCCCCGCCCGCCGGGGGGACGACCCCUACAGGAAGAGCCUGCAGGUCAACGGCUCGCGCGACCCCCUGUACCCCAACGGCUCCCACGCGGCCUACCCCGCCCCCGCCCCCCGCGAGGCCCCCGCGGUGGUGCGCCCCGUGGACCCCCACCCCAAGGAGGACUCUGCGCUGGACCUGUCGGUGAAGACGGUGCGCCAGACCCCGGAUUCCACCGCCCCGGAUCCUGACAAGGGCGGCGGCGGCAGCGGCAGCAGCAGCACGUCCCCGCUGAGCAGCGCCGGCAGUGACGCCGCCAAGUGCAGCUCCAGCUCCGUCACGCCCACGGGGCUGGGCCGUGCCAGCAAGGGCCCCUCACCUGUACCCAAGGGCAUGGUGGGGCCACUAAGGGCCACGCCCCCCAGCCACAUCCCCUCCCCCUACGGCAUCAAUGGCACCCCUGGCCCCCUGCCCUCCGCCAGUCCCAUACACAGGGUUCCCCAGGUGCUGCCCCCUGCCAAGCGCCCCGCUGACCCCGCCUACCUGGACCACCGGGCCAAGCUACCCCGCCGCAGCCACUCCCCGGCGGCCAGGUCGGCGCCAGGGGCCCACCAGCCCCCCACCAGCCUCUACGCGCCCCACCUCAGCGACAAGCUGCUGUACGGCAGCCACAAGGAGGCUGCAGAGCAGAGCCGCGGCCUGCACCUGCUGGCCAGCGCCACACUGACCUCUAGCACCAGCACCAGCACCUCCAGCAGGGAGGCAGCGGAGCGCCGCCACCAGCACCAGCAGCUACAACAGCAGCACCAGCAGCAGCAGGCUGGGGAGCAGAGGGACCCCGCCGCUGACUGGAGGAAGGACCCGGCCGCCCUGGACCGGCGGGUGGCCAGGGAGGCAGGGCCAGGGCGUGACCCAGCCCUGGAGCGCCGGGAGGCCCCAGGCCUGGACCGGCGGGCCGCGGGACUGGACAAGUGGCUGCGCAACCCAGCCUACGAGGGCGGCUACCUCCCCACCAAAGCCUCGGAGCAAUACGAGCACUACCGGGCAUGGCACACGCCCCCGGACCAGCCCGGCGCCAAUGGGGAGCGGUCCAAGUACUCUUCAGCACAGGCCCACGCCGCCGCUGCUUCCGUCCCCAGCAGCUUACCUCAGCAGGGGGCCCGCCUCACCCCCACCCACCACCCCCACCCCUACCCCACCUAUGGUCGCCCCCCUGACAGACUACCUCAUGCCCCCUACUCCCAGGCAGCCCCCACGUUGCCCCAUGCCCCCCUCUACCAGCAGGCCGGGGUGACGCCCCCUGCCCCGGGCAGGCUGCACCAGCCUUACGCCCAGCCCGCCACCAGCAGGGCCGCCCACAGCACCGCCCGCAGCAGCAGCAGCAGCAGCACUACCACAGCCAGCAUCAGCAGCAGUCACAGCCAUACCAGCAGCAGCAGCAGCAGCAGCGGUGGUCACCUGUCCUCCACCACCGCCAGCCAGCUGUACGGCUCCCCCUACCCCCCCAGCAGCCAGGCGGCGGCCCCCCACCACCCUCACCACCCUCAGCAGCAGGUCAAGCAGGAGCCGCCGUCCUCCCCUGCCCAGUAUUCUGGCUUCAGCUAUCCCCACCCCGCCAAGGGGGGAGCCGCCACCCUGGGCUACCCUGCCAGCCACCAGGCUUACCCCUACCCCCACCACCGCCCCGACCCCUCCCUGGCCCUAUACCCCCCCAAGAGGCCCAGCCAGGUGUCUCCUCACCCCUCCGGCUCCCCGCACCCCUCUGUGUCCCCACACCCCUCUGCCUCGCCCCACACUGCAGCCUCCCCGCACCCCUCGCAGUCACCCCACCUCUCCGCCUCCCCUCACCCCGUGGCCGCCUCCCCCAGGCCGGGGGUGUCCCCACACCCCUCCCAGCAGGGCCGGACACCCCAGUCCUCCCCACACCCCGCCCAGAGGCUCCCCACCAGCUCCCCGGCACAGCUCCCCACCCACGGCUACCCCAGCAGCCUUCCCCCCAGCCCAUACUCCACGCAGUCCACCCCCCCAUCACGCCCCCCCUCCAACACCCUCCCCCAGCCUCACCUCCCCCACCAGGCUAAGUCCCCAGGGUCACAUGCCACCCCCCAGCCCACACACCCCAGGACGCACCUCAACCGGCCGUCCCCAGUCAAUCCCCCCAGUGCAGGGCUCCCCCAGUACCCAGACUACCCACCCCAGGACCACCUCCCCCAGUCCCACCCCCUCUACCCCUCCCACCUUGCCCCAGGGCUCAUCUACCAGUCUCUCAAAGCCACUCAUCCACUCAGCCGUACUCCACAUCGUCGCAGGCUCAUCCAGUUUCACCCCAUCCUCCUCAUCACAGCCGCCAUCUGCUCAUUCCACGUACCCGCCACCCCCGCCAGUGUCCCAUUCCACUCAUCCACCUCAUUCCAGUCAGCCGCCAUCCACUCCAUCCAGUCAUUCCACCAGUCAUCCAUCGGUUCAUACCACUUCCGCAUCCUCCACUCAUCCGCCUCCUCCUCCUCCUCACUCCACAUACCCUCCACAUCCUUCCACUUACCCCCCACAGACCCCCUCCCACCCCUCCUACACCCCUGCCCCCCCUCCCCACACAUCCCAUCACCCCUAUUCUCAAGGCUAUCAUCACCCCUCCCACCCCUCGCACCCCUAUUCUUAUAUAUCCCAGGGUCACCCCCACCCCUCCAUCUCACACCCCACCCGCCCCCCGCCCCCCACCACCCAGCCCUCUCAGACCUCCUCCAGGCCCUCCCCAGCACCCUCUCACCCCUCUUCCCACCCCCCAGCCCACCCCCCUGUGCACCCCACCCACCCCCCACAUCCCUACCCCCAGCAUUCUCAGCCCUAUUACCCCCAGCCCUAUGCCCACUCAGCCCAGGGUCAGCCCCAUGCCCCCCCAGCCUCACACUACCCCAGGGGCCAUGUCACACCCCCAGCACAGCCCCCACGGAGUCAUUCCUCGCACCCCAUCAACCCCCCUUUACGGAGACACGCCCCUGGUCAGUCUGGUUACCCCCUCUACCCUCCCCGCCCCCCACAGCAGCGCACACACCCCAGCCAGGGCACAGACCACCCCCGCACACCCCACAGCCACCCUCUGCUCAAGCGCCCCCGCCUCACCCACACUACCAGACCCCCACGCGGUUCCCCCACCCCCCUGUCAAGAUGGAGGGCGUCCCCGGGGGGUCUCAGUACAUGGGGGGCUACAUGUACCCCUCCACGGCCCCCCAGUAUUACCCGCCCCGGCCUGAUGCUGCUCCGGCCCCAGCUGCUAAGGGCUACCCGGACCCUACCCCACCCCAGCAGCCGUCACCCGGGGCACGGGGGACGCUGGAGGCUGACCAGGCACGCAUCCGCACGAAAGGGGAACAGAAAUCCUUUGACCCCGGGGCAGCGAAACCUGACCAGUGGCAGGCCCCGACACCCAGCGCCCUGGCGGGUGACACCAAGGAGGCCGGGAAGGAGCAGCCGCCACACCCACGGCCCCUCCCGCAGCCUCACCCGGCGGCUACCCGACCUGAGGCACCCAAGAACACAGUGUUUGAAUUCAAGACGGAGGAAGGCAGCCGGGCGGAUCAGCAGCAUCCACCUCAGCCCAGCGGAAAGGCGGCUUUGGCGGAGAAGCUACAGAAGAAGAUCCAGCGGGCGGAGAGUCUCGAGAGCCUGGUGGCCAAGAAGGAGGGCGGUCAGAGUGCGCAGGAGGCGACUGGGGCGAAGAAAGAGCCGCAGCCGCAGCCGCCGCCUGAGGACAACGAAUGGGACAGUGGCUUCAGUAAGUUGCUCGACGAUCUCGCCUCAAACCCCGACACAGUGACCAGCAAGAAGAGCCGCACCUUAGGCCGCCGGUACUUACAGAAGGUGCAGAUACAGGAGGCCAUCGACAACGACCUCAUCGCCCUCCCGACCUCCUACGCCGCCGAGGAAGAGGAGGAGGACAGCGAACCGGAGCCGCCUGUCAAGUUCCGCGGGAAGUUCAAAAGCAUCAAGGACAAGAAGGUGGAGCGGCUGAUUCUGACGUACGCCUCGCACUCGGACGAAAGCGCGACGGAGAUGAUUCCGGACGAGGACGCGAGUGACUUCGAGGAGGAGCUCAAGAGGGAGAUCCGAUCCAAGGACAAGCGGAGAAGCAACAGCAAGAAGGCGAAAACGUACGACAGCAGCGGGAGCGACGUCGGGCGGAAGAACAAGAAAGGCGGGCGCGGACGGAACAAGGAGAACAAACCCAACAACAAGCAGGACUUCGACUACUCCUACAGCAGCAGCGGCAGCAGUAGCAGCAGCAGUAGUGGGAGCAGCAGCAACAGCGACAGCAGCUCCAGUGACUCAAACGACUCCGACAGCGAUGACUCGGAGUCUGAGGAGGAUGUGAGGAAGAAGCGAGGAAGGACGAAAAACAGGCGUGGGAAGAAGUGGGAGUCCGAGAGCACUGAUUCCGAGGUUGUGAUUCCCAGACGGAGGACUCGCGGGGGGUACAAGUCGUCCAGCGAGGAGGAGGAGGUGGUCAAAGCCUCGCAGAAGAAGAAGAGGAGGAAGAAGCAGGAGACGAGCGAUUCCGAUGAGCCGCUGGUGAAAUCAAGGCGAGGAAAGAGGAAGAAAAAGCUUGACUCGGAUGACGAAGAGGAUUUUGUGAGAACGAGACGAGGGAAGAGGAAAGGUCCGGUCGGGAAGAAGCAGAAGAGGAAGAAGAAGCAGGAGGAUUCGGAGGAGGCGUCUGAGGAGGAGGAGGAGGAGGAGGAGGAAGAGGAGGAGGAGGCGCCAAAGAAGACCAGAGCGAGGAAGAAGAAGGUUGUGGAGACGAAGAAGACGAGGAGAAAACGGGUGGCCAGCGAAUCGUCGUCAUCGGACACGGAAGAAACGGAGACAAGAGGGACGAAAAAGUCUGGAGUGAAACGGAAAAAGGGAAACAAGAAGAAGGGGAAGAAGACGGAGGAUUCCAGCGAUAAUUCCGACAUUCCAACCACCAAGAAGAAGAGUCAUUCCAAGAGCAACCUCAUCGUGGAGAGCGACGACAGCGACGACUCCAAGAAAAGCGAGCCCGUUGAAAAGAAGGAAAGCAAGAAAACAACACCCAAGGAAAAAACAGAAGAAGGGGAAACUGCAGUGAAGGAGAAACCAAAGAAAAACAACAAAACAAAAACAGGAGAAGAGGAGGAGGAGAAGGAGAAGGAGAAGGAGAAAGAUGAGGAAGUAAGUGUUAAGAAAGAGGAGGAGGAGCAGGAGGAGGAGCAGAAGAAGGAGGAGGAGGAAGAGGAGGAAGAUGAGGAGCUCAGAAAUGACUCGGUGGUGGAGAAGCUGAACAAGAUGAGGGAGGAGGAGAUGAACCGCGAGGACGUGCGUGAGAUGCAGGCGUGGCUCAACGAGGUCAACAGCGACAUGAAGAAGAAGCUGGGCACCCUCAAGGAGGUCACCCACAGGAACUACUGGAGGAAGCCGCAGUUUGGGGCCGGCGAGGAGUUCCUGCAGGGGUGGCAGACGGAGGUCAAGAAGUACAAGGAGCAGACCGGCCGCUUCCCCAAGAAGCUGUGCCAGGCGGCCAAGCACCUCAGCAACCAGUCCCCGGCCAAGGGCUCCGGCAAGAGGCACCAGGACCAGGAGGGCUCCCCCCAGCGCCAGGGCCAGUCCUCGCCGGCCAAGAACACGCGCAGCAAGGCCGGCAUCGUCAAGACCAGCAUGUCCUCGGCGGACGAUGAGCGGCUCAAGGUGGCGGCGCGGCCUGAGAUCAGCAGCGUCAUGCAGCGGUUCUUUGAGAAGGUCCUUUCGGAGUCCGGCAACGACUGUGGCAAGGGCGGCCUGGCGGGGAAGAAGUUCAGCCUGGGCCCCUUCUCCGGGUUUGGCACCCAGCGCGUCCCCACUGGCCUCACGCCCACGCCCUCGGUGGCCCCGUCCAUGAUGGCCAGCGAUGACUCAGACCUGGACUCCCUGGCCAGCCUGCGCAUGGACCUGCCGGCCUCGGACAGCAUCCCAGUGUCCAAGCGGUCCAUCGCCAGCAGCCUGCUCAAGAAGUUUGGCCGUAAGUACAAUGAGAGGAAGCUCAACUCCCUGUACCUGAACAAGCCGCGCUCCAUCCUGGAGUCCACCAACAAGCCGCAGCUGCUGCCCACGCCCGGCAUGCCCACCACGGAGCAGGACCUCAAGGGCAUGUCCCCGGAUGAGCUCAAAAUGGCCACCUUCUUCCGGAAGGAGACCGUCACCAACUACCGCGACAACUUUGAGGUCAUCGUCACCAAGAAUGGCAUCAACGAGUUCAUCCCCAUCCUGUACCAGUCCAGGACGCGCAACAGGACCAAGCAGGUGCAGGACGCCGCCACUCUGCGCUCCGUCUUCGGCACAGACAUCCCGCAGCACCUGCUGAGGAGGGUGGAGGAGUUCAAGACCAAGAAGCAGCUCAAAAAGGCACAGAAGAAGGAGGAGGCCAGGGCAGCUGCGGCGGCGGCUGUGGCGGUCAAGGAGGAAGGCUCCCCUGCCCCUGCCAGCCGUGCCAGCACCCCGGCGGGCUCCCUGGGGCCGCCCGGCGAGGAGGACGAUGACUCUGAGCUGCGCAGCGAGCGGUCGGGCUCGGUGCUGGGCGAGUCCUCGGCGCCGGCGGCCACCAAGCGUGCGCGGCGGAAGUUCAGGAAGUUCAGAAGCGGCUUCGACUACAUCAGGAAGCGUAAGAAGGCCAAGGCCGACGACGAGGCCACGCCCUCCAGGAAGCGCAUUCCUGUCCGGAAGCAUGUCAACUGGCCUGAGGAGAGUCGUGACGUGGCUGCAGAGGUGCGGAGUUGGGUGGUUAACAAAGGCCUUGGCGAGACUGUCCUCCACAAGGCUGCUCGUCUGCAAUAUCAUGACGUGGUUGUUUACUGCGCCGAGAGUCCGGACUUCGACAUCAACGUGCGAGACAACGCUGGCUACACCCCCCUACACGAGGCCUGCAAUAGGGGACACCUGGACAUUGCUCAGGUCCUAUGUGCCCACGGAGCCCAUGUCAACGCGCCGGGCUACAAGGGCAUGCGGCCACUACACGAAGCUGUCGAGAACGGGCACGGGGAGUUGGCGCGGCUACUCCUGGCAUACGGCGCAGACCCGGCCCUCACCACCUACGCCGGGCAGACCUGCAUCGCCCUCUGCGCCGACGCCCAGACCAUGGAGCUGAUGGAGGGCUACACGGCAGACCUCAAGGGCCGCCAAGGGACCAUGUGGCACUUCCAUGGCCCGGCGAGAUUCUUCGACCCCGAGGAGCAAGGUUGUGACAUCUUCAAGAGCAUAGUGGAGGGCAAGUACAAACUCAUACAGUCCAGGCCGCAGUCCAAGGAGGUCCAGGGAGCAGAGAAGGACUUGCCAAGGACGUGCGUUGUGAAGACCGAAGGACCUGAAGGACAGAAGGAGGUGCAGGACGCAGCGAGUGGACUUAGUAUAGACACGCCGAGUAUAGACGAAGGAAGAACUAAAGGAGGAUUGAGUGAGGUGGAGAGUACCAGUAAGGUGUUGGAGUCCAUAAAGAAGGAGGUGAUAGACGAAACAAUAGAUGACGAAACUAACCCUGAAACCAAGGAGGAGGAGGAUCAGGAGAAGGAGAAACAGCUGACGAGAACACCGGACGAAGUGAAGAAGGAGAAAACAGAGGUGGAGGAGAACGAGAAAAGCGAGGAAUCGGACAUGGAGGAAAUGGAGGAAAUCGCAUUCGUGUGUAGCGAGGAACCACUUUUAGAUGUUUACGAGGUGGAGGGGCGGCCACACCGAUACUGCCUGCUAAGGGAGGUCACACGGCGGCUUGGGGUGAGCCGCCGCGAGCUCAUCAUAGCCGCCAAGAAUAUAGAGACCCUUGAGGUGUCCCCUGAGGAGUUUGAGAGCCGGGUUCACAGUUCCGUUCUGGGGAUGCCGAGAAGACGAGUCGCCGGGCCCCGUGUGGAGUUGAUACGGUUGACGGGUGUCCUCGAACGCCUCCUUGGUCUUGAAACUGUGUGUGUUUGAGCGUACGUAAAUUAGGAGAUAAAUGAACUGAUAAAGGAGGGAAUAAACGACGAAAAUGAAGGAAAACGAGGAACAGGAAAAGGAGAGAAAGGAGAUGAAGGAAAAAGAUUAGAGUGAGGAGGAAAACAAAUGAAGGUUUGAUGUGUUUCUGGCAACAGUGGAAAAGGUAAACAGUGCGGAACGUCAAAAAUAAGUGCGGAAAAGUGUGAUUUUUAUACCGGAACCGAAUGGAGUUCAGGCGUUUCGUAUAGACGCCAGAAAUAGUAUAGAUGAUUGAAUACUAAGAGAUAGCGGAAAUUGUGGUUAGUGUGUGGUUUUUAUACUUCAACUUGAGGAAAUUAAAAGAUGUGGAAAGGAAGUUAAGAAGGAAAAAGUUGGAGAUUAUGAAGGAAGAAAUAUUUUGUGUUAUUUCUUGUCCUAAACUGAAGGAGGAGAAGGAAGGGAAAAUUUUACUGAAGAAGAGGAAAAGGAAAGAGGAGCAAAAUAAAGGAAGAAAAAGGAGGAAAAGGAAAGAAGAGGAGCAAAAAAAAGGAGGAAAAGAAAGAGGAGCAAAAUAAAGGAAGAUGAAAAAAGGAGGAAAAGGAAAGAAGAGGAGCAAAAUAAAGGAAGAAAGAGGAAAAAAAGGAGGAAAAGGAAAGAAGAGGAGCAAAAUAAAGGAAGAAAGAGGAAAACAAGGAAUAAGAGGAGGAGUAGAAGUAAUAGGAAGAAAAAUGAAAAAAAGGAGGAAAAGUAAAGAAGAAGAGGAAAAAAAGGAGAAAGAGGAGGAGGAGAAGAAAUAAGAGGAAGAAAGAGGAAGGGGAUAUUAAACAAACUCCAGCAUAAAGGAAGUAAAAAGGAAAUAAGGAAAAUGUCUUAGAUGAUAAAGGCGGAAAUAUUUGUCGCUGUACGAGUUUUAUAUCAAAGGAAAUAUUACCUGUUCUCGUUAUAGAGGAAACAAACAAUAAACGGAUGAACCAAACGCAGACGAACGGAAAUUUUAGUGUUAGACAAACGCAGAUGAACGGAAAUCCUAGUGUGUUAGAUGAGAGCAAAACUUUUAUACUUCUAUACAGGUGUUUAUGAGCGACCGACGGUGCAUUGUGGCGUCAGAUUCCCCAACCCCCCUUUGCGCCACACACACAAACAAACAAACGUAAAAAAACUCUGUGAAUGGUGACGCCGGCGCUGAUGAUGGUGAAAUAUUUUUGCCACAUAUAUGUAAAUAGGUAUGUGUGUGUGCGUGUUUGUGUGUGCAUGUGUGUGUGUGCGCGUUCAAGUUCGCAUACAUGUUAUAUAUGUAUGCGUACAUGAAAUAAGCAAACAAUUAUUAUUCUGCAGAGAUGACUUACUCUGUGAUACAACUUAUCAAAGAUUUACAUGAACUGUGAUAGAUCUCGAGGGAGAGAGAGAGAGAGAGAGAGGGAGAGAUGAGGAGAGAAGAAAUAUAGAUAGAUGGAGAGACAAUAGGAAAAGGAAGAGGAAAGGAGAGAAAGAGGAAGAGGGUGAAGAAGAUGAAAGGAGAGAGAUAGAGGAAUUGGAAAGGAGAAGAAAGGAGAGAUGAAAGGAGAGACAGACAGAGAGAGAGAGAGAGAGAGAGACAAAAGAGAGAGAGGAGAGGCCCAGAAAGUGGCGAAAAAAAAAGUCCACAAAUUCUUAACGCUAUAAAAAAAAAUUCAGUCGACGGCAAUGAUUUUGAUCACAUGACAUUUCGGGGUGGGAGCGAGAGAACUGGACUGGGCGGGGCGCGUGCAAUGGGGCGGCCGGGCAAGGCGGGGCAUGGCGGGGCCCUGUCUUGGGGUACGAGUGCAACCGAAAUCGAGAGAGAGAGAGCGAGAGAGAGAGAGAGAGAGAUUGAGAUUACACUGUACAAAAAAAUUGCUUACCACAUGUGACAGUCGUGUAUAUAAAUUGUGUGUUAGUAGCCGACUCUACAUUAAUAACAAGAAGAAAAAGAAGCAUUAUUAUUAUUAUUAUUAUUAUGUUGAUUAAAAAAUGCUGCCGAUGAUUACGACGAUGAUAGUGUUGAUGCUGGGACGCUACCAUCACUAUUAUUAUUAUUAUUAUUAUUAUUAUUAUUAUGAGAGUAAUUUAUCCUGCUUGUCUGUGUGUGUGUGUGUGUGUGUGUGUGUGUGUGUGUUGAAGAUUUGUAAGCAUAAGUGAGUCCUGUGCAAUUGACUUAAAUCUAUUUUCUAUGUAGUGUAUUGCCAUGUAAAUAUAUAUUCAGAACUAUAUCAA